GGAUGUAUUGUCAGCGAGUGUUAUUCGUAAGGAUUUAAGCUCAGUUAAUGUUGAGGAAGGGAGGAAUAAUGUGUCAAUUGCGUUGUUUGAUGGUGGGUUAAGAGGUUGUUGCUCAAAAUAG